UCGAUUCCCGAGCUUGACGAAUUCCUUCCAUUCAAUGCAUCGCUGUCAUUCAAACCAUUGUCAUCAAAUGUGGAGUUCGCCCACCCUGAGCCGGCCGUUGAAUCGUUGCGUUUUGAAUCAGGGUGUGGAGGCCCCCUUCCGGGCCCCAGAUGUGCCGUUGCUCGUGAGGAGGAUCUGUGGGACGAGCGUUGGAGUUUAGGUUACGAAAGCUCGGAACAGAGUUCAGGAAUAUUCACAAUUUUCUGGGAUUUUGCCCAUCUUUUGGUGAAGAAUUUUGAGGUGUUUGGGGAUUGUGGGUUGUUGAGAUGAAGGAGGGUGAGGAGGAGAUGGUGGCUCCAACUGCCCCUGCGCCAGCGCCAUCGGCAGAUCGGAAAACGCAGAGAGGGAUGGGGAGUAGGAUUUGGGGCCUCAUGGGGUCGCUGUUCUCAAGGGGGAAUAAAAAUGAUUUCGAGAAGAAGUUGCAGCACUUGUCUAAGGAGGAGGUUACUGUCCAUACUCGCUUGAAGCGGCGGACGCAGAGAUGGCGGAAGCUUGCCAGAGUGAUGAUCAUCUACUCUGUCAUUGGUGAGGCUCUAGCGUUGGGGUUCGCGAUCCUGUCAAACAGGACUGCUGAUCUGCCGUGGAAUGUUCGCGCUAUUCGAGCCCUCCCAGUUUUUGCUUCGCCCGUCAUCGUUGCUCUACUAUAUUCCACCUGCGCAGGAUAUCACCGGAUGAUGGAGCGGAAGGAUAACGACCGACUUGAGCGAUUGAAGGCGGAACGCCAAGAAAAGAUAAAUGAGUUGAAAGAAAGGACUAACUAUUACAUCACACAGCAACUCAUCCAGCAAUAUGACCCUGAUCCAGCUUCAAAAGCAGCAGCAGCAAGUAUCCUUGCAUCCAAAUUAGGUGCCGAGUCUGGCCUCAAGCUAGCUUUGGCUGCAGGUCUUACCAGCACCGAGGAUUUAGAUGCUCAAAGGAAGAGUCAAGGGGCCCCUAAUCAACAGGGUAAUAGAUUGGAUGGAGAGGUUAUGCAUCCCACAGGAUUGCGGAAUCGAAGGUCUCAACACCGUAGCCAGGUUGCUGGACCAGAUGCUUCUCAAGGAAUGUCUCAAAUGGAGGCGUUUUCUCGGGAGAAUAAUAUACCAGGGGAUAUGGGACGCGCCUCUGAGGUGUGGGAGGAGCAAGGAAUGGAUGUGAGGGGACCUCCUCGCAAUCCUUCCAAUGGAGGCUGGAUCGCAAGGUUGGCUGCAAUGCUUGUUGGCGAAGACCCCACUCAAUGUUAUGCGCUCAUCUGCAAACGGUGCCACGCACACAAUGGUCUUGCUAAGAAAGAGGACUAUAAGUAUAUCCAGUACUAUUGCCCACACUGCCAGACAUUGAACGGUAUGCGAUCGCCUGGAGAUGGACUUUCACUUACCGACGAACCAGCCGAAACAUCUCCCAAACCGGAGGAAACAAAAGCCACGUCAACUGUCGAUGGCGAAAGGCCAGAUAUCUCCGACAGUGCAGCACCUGCCCUCAUAUCGCAGAUCAUUUCUGGUGAGCUGGAUCAAUCUCACAGUUCAAAUGAAAGCAGCUAGACCCAAGGACUUUUUAGAUUUCCGUACAGUAAGUAAAGAGUUUCACUUGCGAAGUUUGCAGGCUAGGUGUUUGAUGUAAAUUUAGCCAUGAUGCUUCCAAGUCGAUUAGGCAUGUCUUAUGCCACCUGCAUUUGAGCCGAGACUCGAAUGUUUAGACUAGGUUAGUCCAUGUGUGUUGUGAUAGGGAUCUGGUCUUAAAUCCAUCCUUGAGAGACAGUAAAUGCAUCGAGGUACAGCUGUGACUAAGCCUUGCUCAAAUCCUAGUAAGAUCCGUCUAGUGCUCUGAACACACAUCGCUGCCCAUUUCAUCCUGUGACCCAAGGAGUUUUUAGAUUUCAACAAUCCUAGAGAAGGUCCGUUUCACAACCUAGAUUCUGCUCACGAACAUGUGCAGCAGAGGUUGCGAGUAUUGGAAGGCACCCUGUGGGCUUGAAUUCUUAUCUUGCAAACGUAGUAGUAAAAUGCCCAGUAUGGUAUUCAACCGGUGUAUCACACUGUGGACGACUUAUAAGCGUGUAAGCAGUGUAUCAUGUCA